CAUUCCUAUUUUGACAAGCGACAAGCAACGUGUGCGCGGAACGGAACGCAUUGCGCUGCGGUGAUUUCGAUCUAGCUUUCGAUCGAUUUUUUUUCGUGUGUUCUGUGUCAUACUGUUAUUCUUAACCUUUAGUGUGGUCCCGCGUUGUUUUUUGUUUGUUGUCUUUGCUCUUGACGUUUUUUUUAAUUGACAACAAUCCAAUAAAAUAAAAAUAAAAAAUUAAGCCCAACAACGGUAAUCAUUAAGAGCAGUAUUAAAAGCACUUGCAGCUUUGUACAGCCAUGGCUCAAUUCUGCGAGAGCUCCUCACCUUGCUUAGGCAGCAUGUCCAGCUCAGCGCCGAACCAGAUGACGGGUCAAUCGCUGUUGUUGUCAGCAGGAACCACAUCAGCAUCCGAAUCAGCAUCAGGAGCACCUGCGUAUCUUCAACAACAACAGAAACUACACUUGACAGAAACAAUUUCUAACCAAAUACUUUCAGCCAGCCAGACGAACAUCAGCAACGGAAGCAACAGCAAGGGCCAUAUAGGUUUUGAAAGUAAACAGAAAAACGAUAAGAAAGACGUCAUCGGGCACGGAGACGUGGUCGACGACGAGGACGUAGUAGGAACAUUGCCAUUGCUUCCCAUUAAGAAGAAAAAUACCCUCCUCCCCCGUACUUUUCUCCCACCUCGCUCCUCUUCAUACUCGGAUCUGUGCAGCUGCUGCAAUUGUGCAUCGAGCGCCUCGUCAUCAUCAGCCUCGUCCACUUCCUCGUCAUCAUCCUCGUCUCAGGACCCAGGCUCAGCGGAAGGUAUCACACGAUCCGCUGUUACCAAGCAGCUUGUACGCUCAGUGACCGCUACCAGCAUCAUGGACAUGCCCUACAACACAUCGCCCUCGCUACGCGUGCGCACCACCUCACUGAAUCAACUGAAAAAGACCGCCGACCUGGCGAUAGAGAAUGAGCUUCAUGUGUGCCCGUCAGUGAUGUCGGAGGAGCUGCGCAAGCUCCUUCCACCCACCUCGGAGACGGUGAUGACGAAACCCUUCCCCAUCCGUGGGGAGCGGACAAUCGCUGACUGUACUACCCCCCAUGUUAUAGCGAUGGUGGGCCUGCCUGCCAGGGGCAAGACCUUUAUCUCAAAGAAGCUGGCGCGCUACCUCAACUGGAUUGGGAUUGCGACGCGCGUGUUCAACCUGGGCGAGUACCGUCGCCAUGCUACCACAGCAUACAAGUCGCAUGAGUUUUUCCGUGCCGACAACGAGGAGGCAAUGGCCAUCAGAAAUCGGUGUGCCAACCAUGCGCUGCACGACUCAUGCGAGUGGCUGCUGAGCGGCCAGGGUAGCAUUGCUGUGUUUGAUGCUACCAAUUCGACCCGAGACCGGCGACAGCUUAUCUACGAUAUUGUGGUUAAGCAGCACGGAUUCCGUCUUUUCUUUGUGGAGUCGAUCUGUGAUGAUCCGCAGAUCAUCGAACAGAACAUUUUGGAGGUGAAGGUGAGUUCACCAGACUACCUUAACAUGAACACCGAGCUGGUGGUGCGGGACUUCCUGCAACGCAUCGAGCACUACGAGGAGCGCUACCAGCCAAUCGACGAGGUCACCGAGUCACAUCUCAGCUUCAUGAAGGUCUACAACGCUGGGAAAAAGGUGGUAGUCUACAAUAACGAGGGUCACGUGGAGUCGCGCAUCGUCUACUAUCUGAUGAACAUACACAUAACGCCGCGAACCAUUUAUCUGACGCGCCAUGGGGAGAGCGAGCACAACCUCAGCGGGCUCAUUGGCGGCGAUUCGAAUCUGAGCGCACGGGGUCAUCAAUACGGCCGGGCCCUGUCCUCUUUCAUAUCGCAGCAGCACAUCGAUGGGCUGCGUGUGUGGACCUCGUGGAUGAAGCGAGCCAUCCAAACGGUGGCCGAUGUGAAGGCUCCGCAAGAGCGCUGGAAAGCGCUUAACGAGAUCGAUGCAGGCCACUGUGAGGAGAUGACUUACGAGCAGAUCAAAGAGCGCUUCCCCGAGGAGUUCAAGGCGCGCGAUGUCAACAAGUUCGCCUAUCGCUAUCCGCGCGGCGAGAGCUACGAGGAUCUAGUGGCGCGCUUGGAGCCCGUCAUCAUGGAACUGGAGCGGCAGGGGAAUGUCUUGGUGGUUUCCCACCAGGCAGUUCUGCGCUGCCUCUUCGCUUACUUUCUAGAUAAGUCCGCCGAUGAGCUGCCCUACCUAUAUGUGCCCCUGCAUACCGUCAUUAAGCUCACCCCUGUGGCCUACGGAUGCAAGGUGGAGCAUAUCAAGUUACCUAUUGACGCGGUAGACACGCAUCGUCCCAAGCCCAAGAUUCCCGGCGACGUGAGUGAGCCCGGACUCGAUGGCCUGAGCGGUGAGCUGGUGGCGCCCGAUGGCGUUGGCAAGGUGCUCAUUGUGGGCGAUGAUGUGGCAACGGCAACAAAUGGUAAUGGCGGACGCGUUGAUGCCCAAUCCCACCAAUGACGACGGUGGCUGCACUUGUUGCGUCCCUCAAAAUCCAAGACACUUUAGGAUCAGUCACUCGUCGCUUCACGCUUUUUCCCAAACAACCCCAGGAAUAAUGCACGAGCUACUUUUUCAUCGCAUAAGCACAACACACGACAGACAUGAACACGGUCCGCACUCCCGGUACCCACGGUGCCUAAGGUCGCUAUUACGUUAACUAUCCGUGAUGCUAUCCAUGUCUCUAGUUGGAUCGCUCUCUUUUACUUAAUCAAUUUUUGAAAGAUUGUCAAUAGAUUUUAGGCAUUGAGCUCUCUUUUUAUUUUUAUUUUUUGACUGCACACAUUCAUUGAGCUCAUUAUUGAUGUUUUUAAAGCAACAGACAGGAUUGUUCUCUCAAAUAUUGAAUUAUGAUAUGAAAUAAUGAUGCAAAACCUAACCGUAUAGCGAUCUAGCUACUAAGUUGAUUGUGAAUUAUACAUAAGAACUAAUCUGAAGUACGUGUAACUAAAUAUCUAAAUAUGAACAUGAACAUGUAUGUAAAUAUGUAUAUUUACUGUGCACAUAAAUGAGUGAGUCCUCUGCUACUACAAAGGUGCUACCACUAUAUCUAUUUGAAUAUAUAUUUUGCAUUUUUUCACAUCUUGA